CAAAAGAAGCGCCAACGAAUUUGGAUCCAAUUCCCUUUUCCAUUAUCGCUUCGUUCGGUUUUUGCCUACCUUUCAAUCACUCACUACUACUUCAUCGCCCAAAACCUAAUCCCCAAUUCUCACUCACUUGGAAUCCGAAUCGCUACUCUCAAGUUUACAGGAUAAUCAUGGAUCGGCUCAAAGCUCCGGCGCGGUUAAUGAUAGUUUCGGAUCUUGAUCAUACAAUGGUUGAUCAUCAUGACAAGGAGAACCUUUCACUUCUCCGGUUUAAUUCCCUUUGGGAAGCCAAUUAUCGUCACGACUCUCUGCUAGUCUUUUCCACUGGGAGGUCGCCAACACUGUACAAAGAAUUGAGGAAAGAGAAACCUAUGCUGACUCCGGAUAUAACUAUAAUGUCUGUGGGAACUGAGAUAACUUACGGUAACGAUAUGGUUCCAGAUGAUGGUUGGGUUGAGGUUUUAAAUCAGAAGUGGGAUAAGAACAUAGUCAAAGAGGAGUCGAGCAAGUUUUCUGAACUUAAGCUUCAGGCAGAAACAGAACAGCGAGCCCACAAGGUUAGCUUUUAUGUGGAGAAAGACAAGGCUCAGACAGUGACAAAGGCUCUUUCAGAGGCUUUGAAGCAGCGCGGGUUGGAUGUGAAGAUAAUCUAUAGUGGAGGUAUAGAUUUGGAUAUAUUACCACAAGGUGCUGGAAAAGGACAAGCUCUUGCAUAUUUGCUUCAGAAAUUUAAGACCGAGGGACAUCCACCUGUUAACACUCUUGUUUGUGGUGACUCUGGAAAUGAUGCUGAGCUUUUUAGUAUCCCUGAAGUAUAUGGAGUCAUGGUUAAGAAUGCACAAGAAGAACUGUUGCAGUGGCAUGCUGAAAAUGCUAAGGAUAACAAAAAUAUUAUUCAUGCGACAGAGAGAUGUGCAGCUGGCAUCAUUCAAGCCAUCGGUCACUUUAGUCUGGGUCCAAAUUUACCCCCAAGAGAUUUUACAGAUAUUUUGGACUGUGUGGUGGAAAAUGUGAACCCUGGUCAUAAUAUAGUGGAGUUUUUCUUAUUCUACGAGAAAUGGCGACGUGCAGAAAUUGAGAAUUCUGAGAUUUAUCUAGCUGGUGUGAAAGCCAAUUGUUGUCCAUUUGCUACAUAUGUCCAUCCUACUGGCAACGAGCAAACUCUUCAUAACUGCAUAAAUGCUCUGAGAGGCUGCUACGGAGACAAACAGGGAAAAAAUUAUCGAGUUUGGGUAGAUCAGGUUUUACCAACACAAAUCGAUUCAAAGACAUGGCUAGUGAAGUUCGAUAUGUGGGUAUUAUCUGGUGAGGAACAAUAUGCAGCAAGGUCGACUGUUAUAUUUUCUUCAAAGGGUGAGAAGCCCUCAGAUCAGCUCACUUGGAUUCGUGGGCAUCAGACGUGGAUCAAAGGAUAUGAACCAAAACAAGUUGCACCAUUUUUCGGCUAAAAUGUGUGAAUGGCUUCAUUUCAAAGGUGGUGUUACUAAAGUGCCCUACAAUCUCCUCUAUGAAAAUAAUUGUGUGAGGGGUUUGUGCAUCUUUAAAUUUCAAGUUUUGAUAAUUCACAUGUAAUCAUAAAAAAUACAUGAAGAUGGCUUAGUCCAUGAUUUGUUCAGUAUACAAUAAUUGUAAGGAUGAUACUCGCGGUAUGUAAUCUACUGUCUUACUCAGUCUUGAUAAACACCAUUCAAACU